GGAAGGUUGAAGAUCCUUUAUAGCAGCAAGGGUCAGGCAUUUCGAUGCGCUGUGGAAGAAAUGCUGCGCUGGUAAGCUUUGGGUGCCGUAAAUCGGAAGCACAGGGUGGAAAGAACGUCGUCUUUUUUGCCAAGCCGAUGGACGACAGAUUCAUCGUGAAGCAAGUGACGAGGACGGAGCUUCUCUCUUUCCUGGAGUUUGCACCGGAGUACUUCUUCGAUUCUCUAGACUCUGGCAGCCCGACCUGUCUGGCUAAGAUUCUCGGGAUGUAUGAGGUGAUCAUAAAGGGAGGCAAGGAGGGACGCAUGGAUUUGAUGGUCAUGAAGAAUCUGCUCUAUGGCAGACACGCUACUCGGCCAUAUGAUUUGAAAGGCUUAGUGCGCUCUCGUUCCAACUCAGAAUCCAAAACAGGACCUGUUGGAAUCACCCAUUUCUUUCGAGAACAAAGCCAAGAGCUUUUGGAGCGAACGGUAUGGAACGACACCUCAUUCCUUUGCGGUAAGCAGUGCUGUUUUGUUGUUUUCUCUCUCUUUUCACGCGUCCAGUUCUCUAUACUGGUUUUGUAGAGCGUAAAUGUCAUGGACUACUCGCUACUCGUUGGGAUUGAUGAAGAACGAGAUGAGCUUGUCUUCGGGAUCAUUGACUUUAUGAAGCAAUACACAUGGGACAAACAUCUGGAGACGUGGUUCAAUGCCUUUGGAGGGCCACCGACUGAUAUCUCUCCCAAGCAGUACAAGAAGCGCUUCUGCAAGGCUAUGUCGACGUACUUCGUGACUGUUCCCAACCCCUCCUUGGUCAUCCAACACAUGUGAGUCUGUUUAGGCAAGUGAAUAUGUUGCUCUUGUAUUUGUU